AUGCAAAGGCAUUCAUUUGAUGAUAGUUUACAACAGGUAAAACUGUGGAUAGAUGACGCAGAAAUGAAGCUAGGCGAAGAAGGCAAGCUGGAUGCUACUUUGUUGGACAAAAAACAAACUCUUCAUAACUACAAAAUAUUAUCACAAGACGUUAACUUACACAAAACAAUUUUGAAACAACUUCAAGACAAAAUAGGUAAUUUAUCCGAUGCUGACGCCGAAUCCAAGCUGGAUGAAAACCUACAAAAGUACAGCAGUCUUGCGCAGGAAGUAGAAAACCGAAUUGAAGUGGCAGAUGAGUAUGUAACUAACCACGAAGCUUACAAUCAAGCUAUUGAAAAAUGCCGCGAUUGGCUAAGUGCAUUAACAAAUGAAGCCGCUUUAUUGGUGGAUGAAUCAUCAACCGAGAGCCCAGAAGCAAAAUUAGCAAUAGUAGACAAUCUUUUGUCGCAAAAAGAAGAAGGUGACAAGAUUAUAGCGUCUUGUAAGCAACAACUAGAAACUGUAUUGACUCAAACUGCUGCUCCUGGUCAUCCUUCGCUAAUUAACAAUUUUGAAGAGCAGGAAAAAUCAUGGCAGAGAUUCUUGGAUCUGUGCGAGGAAGCACAAGAGAAACUCAAUGAGAUACAAAUCCAGCACGCUGAGGUAUCUAAAAUAAUGGACGAUCUGGAAACUUGGCUGAAGUCUAGAGAAAACUUUAUCAAAGAUCAAAGUUUAAAGAAUACCGAAGACACUAAAAAGGCUCAUUUAGAAAAGUUAGAAUGCUUAGAAAAGGAAGUUCAACAAAAGGAACCUGACUUUAGUAAGUUCCUAGAAAUGAGCAAGUCCCUAGAAGUUGAUUCUAGAGUAUCACAGAUACCAACUAGGUAUCAGUCUCUAAGAAAUGCAGUUAAAGAAAAUCGUAACAAAUACCAAACAUUUGUAGCCGAACACCAUGACUUUAAUGACAAGUACAACGAGUUUUUGAACUGGUUAACGAACAAAGAGGAAGCUCUUCAACAUUUUUCUCAAAUUGUAGGUGACUUAAACGUUCUACAAACUCGGCAGAAAGAUAUUAAAGACCUUAUAGACGAAAGAAAUGCAAGAAUUCCAGAAUUUGAAACUUUGAUUGACAAAGGUGAAAAGUUGUAUGCACACACGUCACCAGAUGGCAGGGAGAUCAUAAGACAGCAGUUAAAGAACUUGAGAACUAUCUGGGAUGCACUAACAGAAGACUUGCAAAAUACAAGUAAUAAAUUAGAGCAAUGUUUGACUCAGUUCUCCGAUUUUACUGUGACUCAAGAACAACUGACAAAAUGGUUAAAGGAUGUAGAGAAGGCUAUGCAUCAGCAUACUGAAUUAAAAUCUACUUUACAAGAAAAACGAGCUCAGUUACAAAACCACAAGAUAAUGCAUCAAGAAAUUACUUCUCACCAGCAACUUGUGGAAUCCGUUUGUGACAAGGCACAGCAACUAGUAGACCAGACUCAUGAUAAAUCCCUUAAUAUUUACCUACAAUCUAUCAAACAACUUUUCUUAAACAUAGUUAGCAAAUCUGAAGAGUGCUAAAGAAUUUAGAAGAAUGUGUAGAUAAGCACAGCAGCUAUAACCAACUAAUUAAUGACUUUAAGAAGUGGGUGGAAAACCAAAAUGAAAGACUUUUGGAAUUUGUUGACACGACAGGAGAAAAGAACGAUAUUAACAAAAGGAUUGAAAAUAUUCAUGGAAUCAAGAGAGACAGCGAGUCAAAAGGCCCCCAAUUAUUGGAUAAUCUAAAGCAAAAUGUAAUAGCUGUUGCUAAAAGUACUGCCCCUAAAGGGGUUGAUAACUUAAAAAGAGAAUUAGCAAGUAUGGAGGAAUUGUUGAACAAUCAUCUUCAAGCUAUUAAUAAUACAUUAGACAAGCAAAACGAGGUACUGAAACAAUGGGAUGACUUUGAAACUGCUUUAGAAUCGUUGAAUCAGUGGUCCAAAGCUAUUGAAGCUGAAUUUAGAGACCAGCCGCUGCAAGUUACUUUACCUGACAAAGAAAACAAACUGAAACUUCUGCAAAGCCAACGAGAACUUAUUUCUGCCAAAGAAAAAGAUAUUGAUGACUUUGUUGACAAGAGUCACGCUUUAUUAAAAUCUAGUGGAUCACAGAGGAUCAAACCUGUUACGUCUCAAAUCAGUAACAGAUUCCAGAACUUACAUACUCUAACAAAAGACAUCAUUAAUAGAUGGCAAAAUAUUGUUGACGAUCAUAAAAAAUAUAAACAACGAUUGGAAGAGACAUCAGCGUGGUUGGCACCCUUGGAGGAGCAUUUGCAGGCUCUCAAACAAGGUGAAACUACCGAUAACGCCGAAGCUAACAAUAGAUUACAGGUUCUUUUAUCCGAAGCUGAACAAGGGGAACAUAAGUUGAACUCUUUGACAUUGCUUGGUGAAAGAUUAUUGCCUGACACGGCUACAGAGGGCAGAGAAAUAAUCAGAGGGGAAAUCAAGGAGAUUAGAGACAGAUGGGAAAGUCUAGCUGAAGGAGUCAAACAACAACAGAAACUGCAAGAAUCGCAGACAUUACAGCUAGCCAAUUAUCAGGACCUGCUUCAACAAGCUGUGUCGUGGCUGGAUUCUAUUGAGAAACAAGUUAAACUUGAACCCAGCUCAUGGACCUCCAUCCAGGAAGUUAGAGCAAAGUUAUUGAAGCAUAAGACAACUCAGCAAGAGAUAAUAACUCACAAGAGAUUUAUUGAAGGUGUCACUGAAAAAGCACAAUCUUUGGCUCAACUCACUAACAGUUCUGAGAAGAAAGCGGAAAUUGACGAAAGUGUAGCAUCCAUUAACAACAGAUACCAAAAUGUGCUCAAAACAGCCCAAAACAACACUAAGCAGUUGGAGGAGUGUCUGGACAUAUAUCAACAGUUCUAUGACCUUCACAAAGCACAACAAGAUGAGCAGAAGCAAUUGUGGGAGAAAUUGAACAGCAAUUUGGACUACGGAGGAAAUAAACAAAUCCUAGAAAAGAGAUUAAGUUACAUCACUGACCUACAAGACAGCCUUUCCGACAACAUGGCUAAAUUAGACGAGCUCCAGAACUACAUCCAACAAAAAGCUACCAGCUUGCCAGCGCGAGCUCAGGAAAAUAUGCAAAGAGACGUCGAUAAUCUGAAAUUCGAUCGUCAAAAGUUCGUUACCACUCUAGCAGACGUCAAAUCUGCUCUGGAGAAUAGGUUAAAACAGUGGAACGAUUACGAAGUUACCAUGGAUAAGUUGUUAUCUUGGUUGGCUGAUGCUGAAGUUUCUUUAAAGAGCUAUGCACUGAAGAGUACUUUAGAAGAGAAACAAGAUCAACUAGAUAGAUAUCAGGAACUAUCUAGAGUGAUCGAGUCUCAAAAAAUAGACGUGAAGGAGUUUAUUGCGAUUUCAGAUCGAUUAGAACAAUCACUAGCUCUCGCCUUACGACAGAAUGAACCCGAAUUCGAUAGACUAUCUGACAGUUCAGCAGAGCUAGUUCAGAGUAGUGGAGAUACCAGAAUAGCGAAUAACGUCCAACAGAUCAUUUCCAGAUUCCAGUCUGUUCAAGUUACCGCCAAGGAGAUCUUUAAGAAGUGCGAGCAGGCACUUUCAGACCAUAAAUUGUUUGCUGAUAAGUACAGGCAAUGCGCCGACUGGAUCACAGUUACUAGAAACAGAUACGAGAAUUGCUUGAAGGACAUAGAGAAUGCAUCGCGCCAAUCUCUCGAUGAUCAAGCCAAGUCUAUCGAAGAACUUUUGGCACAACAGCCCAAUGCCACCUCUCUCCUCAACAGCACUAUAGAAAUGGGCGAAAAACUAUACCCGUCUACCUCUCUAGAAGGUAAAGAAAUCCUUAAUAAACAACUACAAGAACUACGAGACGCGAUGGAUCUAUUGUUCGAUGAAAUAAGCAAAACCGACAGAAACCUUAAGUCCAAGAAAGUCAGAUGGUCAGGAUUCGAAGAAAGUCUGGCUAAAGUAUCCAACUGGUUGAAGGAUACCGAGAGACAUAUACCACAAGAUUUAGAACUGCGUGCCACUUUGGAAGAGAAAAAAUCGCAACUUCAAACUUACAGAAACCUCUUACACGACGUGUCGUCACACCAACAAGACAUUCUAGAUUUGAAAGAAAAAGCUGACAGUUUACCGGAACGAAACGAACUUAUUGAUGGUCAGUUCAAGACUGUUUCUGAACAGUACGAUAAGUUAUCUAAAAAGAUGCAGAACUUUGUUGAUCAGUAUGAAGUCAUUGUAAGCAACCAUCAACAGUACGAAAAAGCAUUACAACAGGGACAA